AUGUUUACCAACGGGAUACCGGAGGGAAAUCGGCGGAAAAGAGUUCGGAAGGGAACGAAGAGCUGCUCCGAGUGUUCAUCAAUUUGCAGUGGUUGUCAAGAGAGAAACACGCCAUGUCUCAGCCAGGAAUAUGCCGAUGAUCAUCACUCCCCCUCUGCCGAGGACCUGAGGAUGGCCCACAGAAUGGCGAGGGUAGAGUCACUGCUAGAGACUCUAAUGGACAAACCCCCCCCCCAGAAUUCAGUUGAUGGUUUGACACGUUCAUCCAUUCCGGCAGCAAUGGGACGGUCACAACCUCUCUUUGCUUCUCUGACUGACGGUAUUCCGGUGCAGGCCGAUGUAAGCCCUGCGAUAGGAAAAUUUGAGAGCUUACGCCGACAGUUGACUGCGAUGCUUUUUUGUCAAGAAGAUGUGGAUUAUCUUUUCGCAUCUAGUUAUGGAUGGUGGCUCAUUCAACAGCAUAUGAUGCCGUAUGCAACGAGCUCAGAUGAGAUUGACCCCCGCGGAAUAUUCAGUGUCGGCACUGUCUUAACAGAAAAUCUGAUGGCGGUUACGAGACUCCUCCUCUGUAUUGCAAUCUGCAUUCAGCAGCUCUCGUCCGACGUUGAUAUAUAUAAAAUUCAGACAGCUGUACCACUUCGACAAACGAUGAGCAGUAUCGUGGGCUUUAUCGCCCAGAACGUGGCUUCUGAUGAUGAAAUGACUGGAAGCCUCGAGGGAGUUGAAUGUCUUGCGCUCCAGGGGAUAUAUGAGGUCGUGGCUUUCCGAAAAGCUAUCACGGUCGCCCAACUUCUGGGGUUACAUAGAGCGACAGUCAAGACAUCCCAAAAGAUAUUCCAAGAGAAUAUAGAUCUUGAGCAGGCAAGACGAAGUGAUCUAUGGUAUCAGAUUUCCAGAGCAGAACGCUACCUCUCCGUCAUGCUUGGUGUACCUUCAAGUAUAGGCGCCGCGGCAUUUAAUUCUCACUAUAACGCCCCUUGGCUAUCCACGGAACAUCUCUAUCACAAGAAUCUAUACCAAAUAUCAGGUCUCAUACUUGCUCGCAACCAGGGUGAUUUUACUCAUUCUUUUUCUACGACCCAGAGAAUUGGCGAACAGCUUGAUUCGUUCGCAAAGCAGAUGUCGCCAGACUGGUGGGAGAUCCCUGCCAGCUUACUUUCAACACGCACAAAUAAAGCGUCCGUUGAGUUCGAGCGAAUCAUGUGUCAAAUAUGGCCAUUUUGA